UUGAAAUUGGUAUUUAGUUAACUUUACUUUUCUUCGUUUACAUUCGUUUUCCACUUCAUGUUGUCCUUAAAUUUAACCCCAAGUUUCAAUUUAAACGUAUUGGGUUCUUAAUCAUUCUGCUCUGUCGGUUUAAUUUCAAUGUGAAUUCGAACUAUGGCUGAAAAUGGAGUCUUCGUGAAGUUUCUAUUUAUCAGUUUUACUAAAAUUCACUUUAAAAUUGAUACAAGUGCUGCGUCGGUGGUUAGACUAUGGGGCGCCGUAGUCAAGUUGAUUAAUAGAAUAAGUGCGAACUGAAUUGCUUAACCGCUGUAUAUUCAAAAUGGCGGCGCGACCACUUUCACUUGCCGAGUGAAUUUGCGAUAUUGAAUUAGCGCUUCACGCUUGUCAGUGCGGUUUCAGUUAUUGCGGGAUAAAAUUUCUGGUAAAAAUUAUACGAUGAAGGGCGCAGUUGGUUAACGCUGCCUGUGAGGACCGAAUGGGACGCAUAUUUUGAAAUCCUCAUGCGCCCUGUCGAGUAGACACUCGUUUUCAUUGCAAUGCGGAAUAAAAUUCGAUUUUAAAUGUUUUUGCUGCUUUUCGAUUUACCUUUUUGUAGGGGGGGUAUAAGGGCGACAGGAAAUUAACAGACCACAAACAAGCAACAUAUGCGCGUGUAUUUAUAACCUUAAACGCCGAGCCGGGUGUGGUUUUAAAUCUGCAUUCCAUUUUUGACUGUAAUUUCUGAAGCUAAUCUAGUUUUUUAAUUAAAUUUUAAGCUAAACUACUUUUUCAUUUUGCUUUCCGACUGUUUUACAGCUAUUUUAUCAUCAAAUACUGUACCAAACAAUUUAAGACAGUUUUAGAUUAAUUUUCUCUGUCCAUAUGGAAGGAGUGGUGGCAUACCCGGUUACAGAAAAAGGAGCCCGAAAACCGAAAUGUGCAAGGUGUCGAAACCACGGCGUAAUAUCUUGGUUGAAAGGCCAUAAGCGAAGGUGUCCGCACCGUGAGUGUACGUGCGCUAAAUGCAAUCUUAUAGCAGAACGCCAGAGAGUAAUGGCGGCCCAGGUCGCCUUGAAGCGGCAACAAGCGGCAGAAGAUGCUAUAGCUCUCGGUUUAAAAUUAGCGGCUGAAUCUUCGCAUGAUGACGUCACCGAUGACGUCCUAGGUUUAUCAUCGCCAGAAAGGACCAGCGAUGGAGAGGGAAGAAAUGAUCCAAAAAAGACACCGAAAAAUACGAUAAAAAACGACUCUAAAGACACGUCAAUCAAGAAAAGUAUAAAAUCACUCUCGGCAAAACCGAAUUUUCGCCAAGGGAGGUCUAACUCGAAUGAUGAUGGACCGACCAAGCUAGGUUCAGUCGAUUCGGCAAGAAUUGCAGCGAAAAAACUGGACGUGAACAACGCUAUUGCAUCAGCGUUCCGGCCUGGUCGACUGACUAAAGACGAGAUACUGGAGCGACUUUUUCCGGAGCAAAAGGACACGACAAGACAACUCGUUUUACAAGGGUGCAGUGGGGACUUGGUCAAGGCAAUUGAACACUUUUUAUCUGCUGAAGAACGACCACGAAAAAAACGAAAACUUUCGGGGAUUGAGAGAAGUGGAUUUGAAGAUGAAAAUAAACGUAAAGUGGGGAUAGAUGGGAGGAAUGAUAGAACUUCUGAGGUUGCUACAGCCCCGUCGGAUACCGGUACAACAGAUGAGAGCGAUUAUUGCAUAGAGAUUGAUGGCUCCGUUUCCGAUGGUGGAGAGCCAAAAAUUCCAAGCAAUAAAAUUGAAGAGAAAGUUGAAGGAAAGCCCAUGGAGUCAAACGACAGAAGUCGUCACAGUUUAGAAGACAAGUCAAAAUGUGAGGUACAUUCUCCGAACAAAGUUUGUGGUGAAAAAACUUUUCCAAAAUUAACUUUGACGGGAAAUAUUGAUCAAAAUCCGAACUUACAUGCAGUGGAGUUGCAGAAAUACGCCGCUCAGGUUCCAGUUUUCCCUUAUAGCUUCCCGGGCAUGCUACAAUGCCGCAACCCCGCAUUACCACCUUAUAUAAGCUACUGCAACAGUGAUACACGAAUCCGAAGGAUGAAUUCUUGUCACCCAAACAACAGGGGCCUCCUGUUCAAUAUACCAUCGUGUUUCCCAGACCGCUGCGCAGUAAAUUACACAUCACCCUUUACGCAUUACCGAAAGACUUUAGCACGAGGCUUUGCUAAAACCGAAGACUGGCCUUAAAGAGACAGAAAUCUGAACCGCCAUUUUUAUUCUUCACCGAACAGUAUAAAUAUUUUGUACUUCAAUUUUUCCAAUCAACUGUUAGAUAAGUGCCCUUAUAAUCCGUUAUACGCAUUCGGGUCUUUAGUUUUGUAUAAGUGGCGGAUAUAGCGACAGCCGCAUGUUUAUAAAAACAGUUCCAAAACGCAGUAAAUCUCAAAGCUC